GUUUAACUUCUAUGUCAAGUAAUGUUGUAGAAGUAGGAGAAAUGAUAUAAGCUGGAGAAGUUGGAGAAGUGGGAGAAGUUGGAGAAACUAAAGAUAAAUAAAUCUAGCAAAUAAUUGCCAAAUAUGGCUUGAAGUGUGAACUUUGUUUUUUAGAUGAAGAAGAUCAUUAAUAAAUAGAGUAGUAAUAGAAAAAGAGAGGUUACCUAGAGGUUAGAUUAAUACCCGCAAAAGUAAUUUCAAUAACACCGCCCAAAAAAUCAUAUAUUGUCUCUUGUGAUUAUCAUUUUUCAAAGAUUGAAUAAAUUGUAGUAGAUAAGCUUUAUAAACACAUCGAGUAUAGUGUGAAUUAAUUAGACAUCAAAAAAACAAAGCUUAUAAGAAUAAGUGCUAUAAAUUUUCUUGAAGCCAUUUAGAAGAUUUAAAAUAAUUAUUGUUGUAGAGUACUUAAAUGUAGAUAUUCCAAUAUAGAGAAAUAAAUAUAAAGGUUAAAUUAUGAUAAUUUUACAGAAAUUGUUAAGGAUGCUUGUGAAUAGAAAAAAAAAAAUUUAUAAUUAACAAAAACAAAAUUUGAGUUUUAUGUUAAAAACUAAUAAAAAAUGAUAUUAAGAUAACAGUUUUUAAUUUAUCAUUUCUACAAAAGAUUGGAAGCAAAAAAAUCUUAGAUAAAUAAGAAUUUUAUAUUGGAACAAUCAUAUGUCGAUACACUUUCACAAUCAAUGUCAAUGCCUAUAACAUCCUAAUUGAUAAAAGAAAGUUACAUUUGAG